AUGGGCGUGAACUUCACGGUAAGCAACAAGGACACGGUGAAGAGCAGCGACGUCCUCUUCCUGGCCGUGAAGCCCCCCAUCAUCCCCUUCAUCCUGGAGGAAGUGGGCCCCGACAUCGAGGCCCGCCACAUCGUGGUCUCCUGCGCGGCCGGUGUCACCAUCAGCUCCAGCGAGAAGAAACUCUCUACCUUCUGCCCCACACCAAAAGUGAUCAGGUGCAUGACCAACACCCCUGUGAUUGUCCGGGAAGGUGCUACAGUCUAUGCCACUGGGACUCAUGCGGAUGUGGAGGAUGGGAAGCUCUUGGAACAACUGAUGGCCAGCGUAGGCUUCUGCACCGAGGUGGAAGAGGACCUGAUAGAUGCCGUAACGGGGCUCAGUGGCAGUGGCCCUGCGUAUGCGUUCACUGCCCUGGAUGCUCUGGCGGAUGGGGGAGUGAAAAUGGGACUUCCCCGCAGGCUGGCUGUUCGACUUGGAGCACAGGCUUUGCUGGGUGCUGCCAAAAUGCUGUUAGAAUCUGAGCAGCAUCCCGGUCAGCUGAAGGACAACGUCUGCUCGCCUGGGGGAGCCACCAUCCAUGCCCUGCACUUCCUGGAGAGCGGUGGCUUUCGCUCACUCCUCAUCAAUGCUGUGGAGGCUUCCUGUAUCCGUACAAGGGAGCUGCAGCAUCUGGCAGACCAAGAGAAGAUCUCCCCAGCAGCCAUAAAGAAGACUUUGUUGGAUAAGGUGAAGCUGGAGUCUCCUUCUCUGUCCAUGGCAUCUGCCAGCAAAGUCAGUCUGUUCACCAAUAAGACCACCAGCAGCAAGAAGAACUGA